AUGAAUAUCCUUGCUAUUCAAUUCUUAUUGUUGGCGAUUAUCCUCAAUUUUAUUGGGUUAAGUUUGCAGUCUUUACGUAAUCGAGCACUCAUUGACCUAAAUAAAUCUCCGGUCAGAUCUCCAUCUCCUCCUACGAGGUUCAGGUCCAGGUCUCCUACUGACGAAUAUCAUUUGGCCAGAACUUGUUCUCUAGACAACGCUACAUCUUCAGGCCUUCUUUUUCCAUCUGAUAUCCUCGAAUGUAAACUUCAAAAUCUUAAACUUUUUCGGCUGACUUCCAAAAGAAAUGUGAGCCAUAUAUUCGAACUAGGAAGAUACACUUUCCCUGCCGAUACACCCCUUAAAUUGAUCAAACGAAAUAUAAUCGUUGUGCCUAUUCCAAUCAAAGAACAUAUUGUUAUCUCAACUUCCGAUGGUUAUAUCUUUGGAAUAUUAGAAAGCUCUCUUACUCUGGCUGGACUGUACAUGUUUUAUGAAUACAAAAGACAUGACCGAUAUAAGCGGGCGAAAAUAAACAUGAAAACCGGCAAGCCUAUCUUUUUGGAUCCAGAUGAGCUCCAUGCAACUCCAGUAGGACGCCAUGGGACGAUAACACGUUACUUUCGAAUAACUCGUGUAAAUCGCGUAUCAACCACAACACUUGAAACUACCAAUUAAAUAAUUAGAAUUAUUUAAAUUAAUUUUCUUCAAAUUAUGAAUGUGUAAGACUCCGUAUGGAGGUUUUUCCACAACAUGAUUUUUCCGAAUCGGGUUCAUCUGAAGGAAUGCUAUAACAACCUGAAUUGACUUAACCACACGUUUCCCUUGACCUAUCAGGGCAGAAUCCUUAGGAAGAAAGAGGGAAAAUUAAUUAUAUUUUAAGACGAAGAGUAUUUCGGUAGAGCCAACAACCCAACACGUACAAUUGUCGCACCAAUUACACAGUGAACAGCGCCAAUUCUGCUAAGUAGAACGACUUCACUGAUUCAAGAAAACUAUUACCCCGAACAGGCCGAACUGUUUUAUCAACAGUUGGAUUGAGCCAUUUUGCAUACGCAGCGUUCGCCAUAGAGUUCCACGCUUGCGCAAUGUAGAAAAAUAUAGCACCCACAUUUCAGAGCGACUGAUCUCCGUAAGUUUGGGGUAAUCAAUACCCCGAAUCUGGAGUAGACGCCACACCAAACUGAAGUGCAGCGAACCGCUCACCUCUAGAGCGACGGUUUUACGUAAGUUCUCUCCUUGUACCAUGGCCCUAUAGAGAUGAUUAACAGGUGAGC